CCGAGAUCCAGAGCUCCGGAGACGCCCCUGCUCGAUGCCUUCGUUCUUGCGGCCGGAUUUGGCACCCAAAGCCUCCUGAUCGCAGCUGCCGCCGAAGAAGAAAGUUAGACGGGGCCGAAAUGUGAGGACAGCAGCUGAUCCUGGGCAACGAAGGUGGAAAUGAGUUCUCAGCAGUUUCCUCGUUCCGGAGCCCCUCCAACAAAUCUAGGACCAGCUCCUCCUCCGAUCUCCGCAGGUGGAUCUACUGGAUUGAUAAACCCGACUGCAGCAGUAGUAAAUGAUGAACCUAACAGAGAAUUGGAAGUUACUCCAAGAGAUCACGUGGUCCCAGGUGGCUCCCUCCAGUCUCGUGAAGAGAAGCAGGAAACGGUAGUCGUGCGGCCAUAUCCACAGGUGCAAAUGCUGACCCCACACCAUCCAGUGCAGCCCGGGGUUCCUGUCACAGUGGCAGCUCCUCCAGCUCAUUUGACUCCAGCAGUGCCACUUUCUUUUCCUGAAGGACUUAUGAAGCCUCCCCUGAAGCCUACAAUCCCCAGCCGUCCUAUUGCACCAGCUCCACCCUCCACUCUUUCUGGUCCCACCAAAGUCCCUGGGCAGGUGACUGUGACAAUGGAGAGCAGCAUCCCCCAGGCUUCGGCUAUUCCUGUAGCAACUAUCAGUGGACAACAGGGACAUCCCAGCAAUGUGCACCAUAUCAUGACAACCAAUGUUCAGAUGUCAAUAAUUCGGAGUAGUGCUCCUGGGCCACCAUUGCACAUUGGUGCUUCCCAUUUGCCUCGAGGUGCAGCAGCAGCUGCUGUGAUGUCCAGUUCUAAAGUAACAACAGUCCUGAGACCAGCUUCACAGUUGCCAAAUGCUGCAACCGCACAACCAGCAGUCCAGCACAUCAUUCAUCAACCAAUCCAGUCUCGGCCUGCUGUGACAACAUCGAGUAAUAUCCCUCCUGCAGUGGUAGCAACCGUCUCGGCAACAAGGGCUCAGUCACCUGUUAUUACUACUACAACAACACAUGCUACAGAGUCUACUCUCAGCCGGCCAGCUUUGUCAAUCCAGCAGCACCCGCCUUCUGCACCUAUCAGUAUUCAACGUCCUGCACAGCCACGGGAUACAGCCACCAGAAUCACCUUGCCUUCUCACCCAGCCAUAGGAGCACAAAAACAGCAGCUGCACACCAUGGCCCAGAAAACCAUUUUUAGUACUGGCACUCCUGUGGCAGCAGCAACAGUAGCACCUAUUUUAGCAACUAAUAGCAUUCCUUCAUCGACUACAGCUGGUUCUGUAUCUCAUACUCAAGCGCCUACAAGUACAAUCGUCACUGUUACGAUGCCCUCACACUCAUCCCAUGCAACUGCUGUGACCACCUCAAACAUCCCUGUUGCAAAAGUGGUCCCCCAGCAAAUCACUCACACUUCUCCUCGCAUCCAGUCUGACUACACUGCAGAGAGAAGUAAUCUCAUUCCUAUAUCUGGGCACCGGGCAUCUCCAAAUCCAGUUGCAAUGGAAGCUAGAAAUGACAACAGACAGUCAGUGCCUGUUCAAUUCCAGUACUUCUUACCGACAUAUCCGCCUUCCUACCCCUUGGCUGCCCACACUUACACACCUAUUACCAGCUCUGUGUCCACUAUCCGCCAAUAUCCUGUUUCAGCUCAGGCUCCCAAUUCAGCGAUAGCAGCUCAGACUGGAGUGGGAGUAGCCUCCACUGUCCAUCUGAAUCCCAUGCAGCUCAUGACAGUGGAUGCGUCCCAUGCUCGGCAUAUACAGGGCAUCCAGUCUGCACCGAUCGGAGCUCAGGGGAUACAGCCUGCCCCCAUCAGUGCACAAGGAAUACAGUCAACACCAAUUGGGACCCAGGGGCUCCACCCAGCUGCACCAAUUGGCACGCAAGGUCUUCAGACUGCACCAUUGAGCACUCAGCAGCCACAGACUGAAAACAAGGCAUCAGUGGUCUUGGCAGAUGGCGCUACUAUAAUGGCCAAUCCAAUUAGCAAUACUUUCAAUGCUGCCCCGGCUUCAACUACAGUGGUGCAAACCCAUAGCCAGAGUUCUGGUUCUAGCACACCAGCCCAAGGUUCAUCCCCUCGCCCAAGCAUUCUCCGGAAGAAGCCCACUACAGAUGGGUUGGCUAUUAGGAAAAACCUCAUUCCUCCUCAGCCACCUGAGGUUGCUGGCACUCGAGUAGAGAGCUCUAUGCGGAGUGCGUCUGGAUCACCAAGGCCAGCUGGUGCCAAACCUAAACCCGAAAUUCAUGUAUCAAUGGCCGCUCCAGUAACUGUGUCUGUGGAAGCAGUGUCUAUUCAGAGCAACGAGCAACCUCCUAUCUCAGUCCCUACUUCUCAGCAGCCGCCUUCUGCCAUUCCAACCAUCAUCACAGCAGCCAGUCCACCUUCCCAACCUGCAACAGCCCUUUCAUCCAUUCCAGGAACAGUUCCAGCUCCUCCGCCAACUUCAGCCACAAUUGUAGCGGCACCUCCCCCUUCAUCAACAAUAAGUGGUGUCCUUUCUACAGUAUUGGGCCCAGUGGUGCCAGAGAUAAAGAUCAAAGAGGAGGUAGAGCCUAUGGACAUCAUGCGACCAGUCUCAGCAGUUCCUCCUCUGACUACGAAUACUGUGUCUCCAUCUCUUACAUUGUUGGCCAACAAUCUUUCAGUGCUCCCAAGUGACUUGCCACCUGGUGCCUCCCCAAGGAAAAAACCCCGGAAACAGCAGCAUGUCAUCUCUACUGAGGAAGGAGAUAUGAUGGAAACCAAUAGCACUGAUGAUGAGAAAUCUACUACCAAAAGUUUGCUGGUAAAGGCAGAAAAACGCAAGUCGCCUCCCAAAGAAUAUAUAGAUGAAGAAGGUGUUAGGUAUGUGCCUGUACGUCCACGGCCCCCCAUAACACUACUUCGUCACUAUCGAAACCCAUGGAAAGCUGCCUAUCAUCACUUCCAGCGGUACAGUGAUGUCAGGGUUAAAGAAGAGAAGAAGGCUAUGCUACAAGAAAUAGCUAAUCAGAAAGGAGUGUCAUGCCGCGCACAGGGGUGGAAAGUCCAUCUUUGCGCAGCACAGUUAUUACAGCUGACCAACCUGGAACAUGAUGUGUUUGAACGACUCACAACCCUACAAGAAGGAAUCAUCCCCAAGAAAAAGGCAGCAACAGAUGAUGACUUGCAUCGAAUAAAUGAACUGAUACAGGGGAACAUGCAGAGAUGUAAGCUUGUAAUGGAUCAGAUAAGCGAGGCUCGGGAAUCUAUGCUAAAGGUCUUGGAUCAUAAAGAACGUGUUCUGAAACUUCUCAACAAGAACGGAACUGUCAAGAAAGUAUCCAAAUUGAAGAGAAAAGAAAAGGUCUAGAGCCAGAGCUAAUGAGGACUCUGGAAACAAACAUUGUACAGAACAGUGUUACAGCUCUUUUAUUUGGGGGGUUUAUUUUAGAGACCUUUAUUGUGGUUUAAAAAAAGAUGAGUUUCAGAGAAGAACAGUGGAUUGAUACUUGGAGCCCAGUGACCUUAAGGAAUUGUUAUUGACCUCUCAAAGGAACAAAAGAUUUUUCUCAGGCUCGUCCCUGUUUAAACUCUUCACAGUCACAUUUUCUUUAGCCCUCUUGAUGUGCCAGUGCCUACUAAUAGGAACCAUUGAUGCAAACAUAAUAGACAGUCCCCCUUCUUCCAUUUUACAGUUUUAGAAAUAACUCCACAGGUUUGUACAAUGGAUUCCUGCAACAGACCUCAAGAACCAUCAGUUUUGAAACUGUCCUAAGUGUUCAGAAUGUUUUGAAGACAACACUACUUCCACCUAGUCGUCUCUGUACCUCCCUUUUGACAUUGCAAUGGCUGGAACGGCCAUCAUAAACCAGUGCGUUGCACUGGCAAUCCUGCUACAUUUAGAAUCCUGUGGUUCUGAAGUCUCUAGCUAUUAGUUUUAAAAAUAAUACAUUUCAAAGUGAUUUGUAGUGUUGUGCAGUGUGUGUGUGUCAGUGCUCUGGGAUAUUGUUUUCAAAAUACAGUCAUACAGCACAGUACGUCUGGAGCUGAUGUGAUGCUAUUCAUUGUGUUGCAAACAAUUGUGCUAUAUAACAUCCUGAAAAUAUAAAUAAAGGAUUUGGAGAAUUUUGUAUAA